UCUGGUACGACUGUAUUAGCAGAAGGACUGACGUACGGUCCUGUUUGCAUUCCGGAGUGCCAGUGGCAGUUAGCGGUGCACAGUAACGUUAUGUGACAGACCCACAUCACUGUGGUUGUAUGCGUGGAGAUUUGUGCCACCCACACGCUAGCUAGCAACAAAUGAGAAAUGUCAUUCCACGUGAUGUCCAGGGUGCGUUUUGUUUACCUGGCUCGCUAGAUAAGUUCCAGUUCGGCACGUGUAACGCUAACAAGACCACAGGUAGGAGGUAGCAAGUCACAAUUUCAGUCAUCUUAGGUGCCGUUCGCACGUGGACGAUAAACAGUUAGUCGGGUCGGGGUGUUGCUGAUUCGGAAUUGGACGAAUUGGACAUACCUCUGCUCGAAGCCUAUGUUCAGACGUUUGAGAUUUCUGAAAGUUCCAGUUCUGAAGUCCACACGGUGUCCAGAGGGGGGCGCUGUGGUAGCGAAGUGUGAUCGGAAACCGCUUGCGUCUUUUCGCACCAGCUCCGUGCAGAUGGCCAAGAGCAAGUUUGAGUAUGUGCGCAAUUUUGAGACGGAUGAUUCCUGUCUGCGGAACUGCUACAUCGUCGUGCGUUUAGACGGACGCAACUUUCACAAGUUUGCUGAGACGCACGAUUUUGCGAAGCCCAAUGACGACCGCGCGCUGGGUCUGAUGACGCGUAGCGCGCGCUCUGUCAUGGAGGAGCUGGAUGACAUCGUCAUCGCGUACGGACAGAGCGACGAGUUCAGCUUCGUCUUCAAGAGGUCGUCCAACUGGUUCAAGAGACGAGCCAGUAAGCUGAUGACGCACGUGGCCUCACAGUUCUCCUCCAGCUACGUGUUCUUCUGGAAGGAUCACUUCGCCGACCGACCGCUGCUCUACCCGCCCGGGUUCGACGGCCGGGUCGUCCUGUAUCCCAGCAACCAGAACCUCCGGGACUACCUCAGCUGGCGGCAAGCGGACUGUCAUAUUAAUAACCUGUACAAC